CGUGUAGGGUUCAAUUGACAUCACAGGCGAAGGAAGUGGGCGGAGCAGAGCGACGCCCCGAGCGUAAUUAAGCUGUGCAUUGCACGGGUUACUGCUAGUGAUAUGUACAUAAUUACUAAAAACCGAACUACAUACCAUUGGUCGGUACUAGUGCAAUGUCACGCAAUUACUAUUGAGGGGCUCUUAUAGAUCUAGACUUAGUGGGUAGAAUGGUAAAGUUGGAGAAAGGAAAACCGGCGUAUCCAGUAUCUAUGUUUCCCUCUUAUUUAAAACGUUCUCAUGCAUUUAUUCACUACGAAUUCAUGGGAUUCUAUCGGUCUCAAUUCCUAUAGACUUACAUUCUCCAAUUCAGUGGCAUUUAUUCCUUGACAACGCGCUCACUCCCUCAAGCUCAUCAUUUUGGGAAGAGUAGCCAGCCACGUCAUGCGAUCUCAUUUCACUGUUGUUACCUCCGUUGCUCUUUUCCUGACCUCCUUGACAAAUGGGGUGUCAGUUGGUGACCUUCCUGCCGCAAUAACUGGAACAUACAAUGUCUCCUUUCUUCUAGCGGAAGUACCAAUUGCUCUUGCUCAGUCGUUCGUUCCCACUUCGUACACCCUCCUUCCUCCCAACGAAACUUUCUUUCCCGGUAUCACCGACGGAAAUGUCCCUCUUUUCUUAGAGCUAGGGCGGGAAGCAAAUGCUGGCCCCCCCUUGCUCAACUUCGAGAAUUUCCAAGAAGCCAAGCUUGAAGUUCCCAAUGUUCAGCGACUCAGCGAUUCUGAGAUUCCGUUCCUGUACAAAAGGUGGAUCGCCGUGGACAACCAGCUCGAUGUUUUUGGCUCAUUGACGGAUUUUGGUUUGAAUACCUCCUUCAAUUCAUUCUCUCCAGCAAAUAGCAGCAAUUCGACUGUGUACGAUUAUUCCAUUGUGAGUGCUAUUGAUGCGACACUUGAACCGUUACUUGAAGGCGAAAACUUGAGAUGGCCUUUGGAGACGUAUGAGCGUAUUGGUGGAAUGCCCUGGUUUGCGGAAUAUCUCACCUGUGCACAACAUUUCUACAAUUGGACGGCGCAGGACGGAACAUCUUUUCUUCGUGGAAAUAUUACUCUUCAUCCCCCAUAUGCAGGCCCUGGAGUUUUCAAUCCAGUCACAUAUCCAGUUCAAGGCAUAAACGGCGUGUUUGAAUUCAAGAUCGUGGGUCCUUUGAUUUGCGAGGAGUUUGUUUAGUACAAUGUCAGGUUACCCAUGGGCCAUUAGAGGGUAUACAGUACAUGGAUACCCUGUAAAAUUCAUUGUAUUCUGAUCAUUCUGGGAUGGGAUGUACAGAUAUACCACCUUCUGUGACACCAUAUACGAGAUUAGGAUACGUCUUCGAAGACAUCGCAGGUACAUACUAUAGUAAUUGGCCCGAAUAAGCCGACCUAACUUGAAUACACACUUUUUACACGUC